AUGCUGCUAUCGGGGCUCACCUCCACCGGAUUCACGCGCGGGACAGCCCAGCGUGUGAGAAAGGCGAUGCACCAGCAGAGACAGUACACCACGUUCUCUUUGAGUGUCGGGAAUAGCAGCACCAGCGGGCCCAGCUCUACCGAGCGCUGGAUCGAGUUGGGGUGGCCAGACCCUCUGCGGCGGAAGAAUGUCCAGAGGGUAGGCUAUUGGGGGAACCGAAGGCGACAGCCGCCAUCUUACGAUUUCUGUCAACAACGAAGGCAGCUCUGCCCCGGCACCACCACCAGGCCCUGGCCGAGCGAGCACGACGAGAUGAUGAGUGGGGAUUGGAGGACUUGGAAGAAGCUGAGAGGACGGGGGAAGGAUAGCAAGAAGGGUAGCCUAGGCACUCAGCCUGGGAGACACCCGAAUGGCUUGAGACACCGAGGAGAGCCAGGAUGGCUCAAAUGUCCUGCGCAAACAAGCGAAUUGGGACGAGUAAAAGGACCUGACAGUAUUUAA